AUGGGGGGGCAAGUCUUCUACGCCUUCUUCACCGCCCCGGUCAUUGUCACAAACCUCGCUGCAACGGCGCUCGUAGGCGUCAAAACAUGGGUGUACAGGCGCCAGAUAGCUGUCUGGCUGGGCCCUUCGUCUGGCGACAGCCGCGUCGGACGGGUUCUGAUGCUCCUUCUCGAAUCCGGCCUGGCUUUUUGUGGCGCAUGUGUGAGCGGUCGUACUACGCGCGCGCAGAUCGUACUCAACAUCAUCGAGCAGAUCACGCUGACCGUGGUGACAUUCAUGGAUGUCCGAUUUGGCUUCAUCAUCUUCACUUUCAUGAGAAGCUUCUUACAGGGAUUUGCGGGAAUCUACGCAACGCUCGUCAUCCUCAUGGUAGCGGCGCAAGAGCAUCUCACCUCCGACCCCGCACUCGCUGGUCAGAGCAGCUUUCUCGCGUCGAUACGCUUUUUGUCGCACGAUGAAGAGCCGGAGGACUAG